AUGGCUCUAAGCCCUAUGGAACUGGAGCUGUCACUCAGGCAUAUAGUGAAGUACAUACAACAGUCAGAACUAAAAGAAGAAUUAAUUCAGUUAGAACGCAACCAAACAGUAAAACCUGCAAGUACACUUGCUGGACUGAUGCCAUUUUUAGAUGAACACAAGAUAAUUCGCGUGGGGGGAAGGUUAGAAGCAUCAUCACUUACAUAUGAUGAAAAGCAUCAGAUAGUCCUUCCAUACAAUAACCCUAUUGUAAAACUGAUAAUGAAAGACAUACAUGAACGAAAUAUGCACUGCGGCGGUCAAGCACUGCUGGCAGCAGCGAGACAAAAAUUUUGGCCGAUCAAGGGUAAAAUUAUGGCAAGAUCAACUAUUCACCAUUGUGUUCGUUGUACUAGAUGUAAACCAGUUACUUUUGAACAAGUCAUGGGAAGUUUACCAAGGCAUCGAGUACAGCCAAACAGGCCAUUUUUUAAUACCGGAGUUGACUUCUGUGGGCCUUUUUGGGUGCAUUAUAAGGUGAGAGGAAAACGUGCGCAUAAGGCAUACCUAGCAGUUUAUUGUUGUUUUGCGACAAAGGCAGUACACUUGGAACUGGUAAGCGACUUGACAACAGAAGCAUUUAUCGGAUCAUUAAAACGUUUUAUCGCACGACGCGGAUGCUGCCAAAAUAUAUACUGUGACAAUGCAACGAAUUUUGUCGGUGCCUCUAACAAGUUGCAGGAAUUAACAACAACAAUCCAUUCCAAUGUAGCUCAGGAACAAAUAACAAAAACUUGCAGCAACAAGGGAAUAGCAUUUCACUUCAUCCCUCCUCGUGCACCUCAUUUUGGUGGACUAUGGGAAGCAGCGGUUAAAUCAGCAAAGUACCUAUUGGUCCGAAGCGUUUCAACUGAAACGUUAACGUACGAGGAACUCGAAACCGUCAUUAUAGAAAUAGAAGCUAUUUUAAACUCACGACCUUUAACACCAAUGUCGUCUAAUCCAAAUGAUUUGCAGGCUCUCACACCAGGUCAUUUCUUAGUUGGUGAUGCACUAACAGCACCCGUAGACGCAACAUGUGGAAAGGUAAAAUCAUCUCUUUUGAAUAGAUGGAAUCUGGUUGCACACUUAAAACAAGAGUUUUGGAAAAGAUGGCGGGCAGAGUACCUAAUGGAACUACAGGUUCGAAACAAGUGGCGUGAAGAAUGCAAAAACAUUGAAGAAAAUACACUGGUGAUCCUUAAAGAAGAUAAUGUACAACCUUUGCAAUGGCCUUUAGGGCGAAUAAUGAAGACAUAUAAGGGUAAUGAUGGAUUUAUACGAGUCGUAGAUGUCAAAACCGCAACAGACUAUUAG